AUGGUACUUACAAAACCAUACAUAUCUAAGGUGAGUAGACGCCCGAAAUGGCAUACUCACCGGCACCCCUGAUCAUAACAACGUAGAACUGUAGGGGACUUAAUGCCCCAGAAAAGAGGACACACCUCUUGAGAGACCUCAAGAGACAACAUGUCUCAAUUGCUCUCCUACAGGAAACACAUCUGAAGGUGGAUGGGAAUUUGCUACUUAAAAAUCGACACUACCCACUGAAUUUCUAUAGCAACCAUCCCACGAUGAGAAAAACGGGAACAGCUAUUUUAAUCGCUGCCAACCUCCAAUUCGCGGUUACAAACAAGCUGACAGAUGCGGAUGGAAGAUACCUCUUCGUUAAGGGGGAGAUGGCCGGGAAAACGUACACAAUUGCAAACAUGUACGCCCCAAACUUGGGACAGGCCAGCUUCGUCCGCAGAACGCUGAGGAAGCUGGACAAAUUCACGGAAGGAGUUCUGAUACUGGGAGACGACCUAAAAUUUCCGCUGUACCCUCUGGUAGACACACGGAGCAGUAUUCCAGACUCGACCAUAAAAACUAUCCAAAAGUCCCUUAGAAACCUCAGACUAAUAGACACGUGGAGGGCACUCCACCCCAUAGAACAAGACUACACCUACUACUCAACACUGCACCGCAGAUACUCCCGGAUCGAUUACAUAUGCAUACAACAGGAAGGACUCACCUACCUAAGGAAGGCAGACAUCCAACCCACUUCCUGGUCUGACCACAGUGCAAUGAGAGUGGAACUGGAGUCGCCGUUGUACCGCCCAGCCAAGACGACAUGGAGACUCAACGACACACUUCUAGACGAACCAUUGAGAGCACAAAUCGACAAACAUAUCCGCCAAUACUUUGAGGAGAAUACCACAGACGACCUGCCAGACAUGACUAUAUGGGAAGCGCACAAAAGUGUCCUGAGGGGACACCUCAUAUGA